UUGUAACAGUGAAGGAAAUUGCUAGUGUUGGCAACUCGUGUGAAUGAUUUUUGGGCGUGAAAAUCUACUGGAUGGUUGAUCUGAUUCUCAUGAAAAUGGAAAUAACCGAAGUGGAAAUGGACGGCUAUGACAGCCAAGGAUGUCUCCAUGAGAUUUUUCGGAGACAAGCAAGGAAAACUCCUGAUAAUUGGGCUAUUAAUGGACAUAUAACCUUUAAAAGCCUUGAUUAUAGGAGCGACUGUUUAGCAGUGAAACUUGGACAGUGUGGAGUGGGAGUGAAUACGGUGGUUGGAAUAUUAAUGGACAGAUCUUAUUGGCAGUAUGUUGUCUCCGUUUUGGGCAUACUGAAAGCUGGAGCGGCCUACUUGCCUCUCGAGGUAUCUUACCCUCAGCAUCUACUGGAUUCUGUGCUAGAAGAUGCAACACCACUUGUGGUCUGUACCACAACAAACUUUGUUGAUCGCUUUCACAAAAUGGAGAAGAGUCGUGUAAUUAACAUGGAUGAAUUAGACUAUGAUCAAUAUAUCAAAUGGAAUAAUUAUUGCAAUAAGAUGACACCGGCCUCAGUGCCAGUUUCACUGGAUGAUAUGGCCUGCAUUGUCUACUCCUCAGGAACAACUGGCAAGCCAAAGGGCACUCGAUUCACUCACAGGGAUGCCUUAUUCUCUCAUACGUGGAAGCACAGGGCUUAUCCCUAUAAGAAAAAUGACCGAGUAGCAGUUCGCUCUGCAUGGGACAUACUUGGACCAUUAAUCAAAGGUAACCUAUUCAAUCCAGUGGUUCGGAACUCACCUAAACUGUUAGAUCAAUAGUGCUCCCAACAUUCAAUUAGAUUAUAGAUUUCAAUGACACUGGUUGAUGAAUGAUUUGACA